CUGGACCCUUUAAACAGAAUUACACAGGCUACAUACGCGUGUAAAUAUUAUCGACCGUGCAAAUAACACGUCUCAGCGGUGUGUUUUGGAAACUGAAAUGUUUAUAUGUGGUUUUCAGACUGCAGAAUGUCUUAUUUGAUGCACGGUGGUCUAAUAAUAAUCGUCGGCGUGUGCUGGUUUGGCUUCACCUCCCAGCGCGACCACCGUUUAAAUGUCAAAGGCGCUCGAUCUCCGCGUAUUUUAUUACAAUCUCUCUGGGGGAUGAAGACCUCUUGUCUACUUUAACGUUAGUCUUUGUGUGCAUAGUCAUUCGUUUUUAAUUGCACGUCCCGAGGGAGAGUUCUUCAUAAAGUCAAGUGCCUCGUGGAUCACCAAGAUCUUCCCCAAGAAAUCCCACUGAGAAUGGAGUCCUAUCCGCACGUCUCAGGACCCGCCUUGCAGUUCACAAGUGCAUUUGGCGAGCUAUCAAAACCCAUCAAAACCUUUCAUCUGCGCAACAUUUACAACCCCAAACCCCCUCCCCAGCGCCCCCCAGUGGCCAUACGACCACCCAGCCCAAAACCAGCAUCCGUUCCUCCACAGGAUCCCGUGAUCCGGCGGCGGCUGUCCUGCGAACCGGAGCCCAAACCCAUCAUGAGGAGAAGAGCCAAAUCCCUCUCAUCCUCCAGCGAUCAGCAAACCUGCAGGAACGUCCAGGUCCGCUUCGUGGACUCUCUCGGCCUGCAGCUGGAAGAUGUGAAGUUCUUCAAAUCCAGUGACGAUCCACUGGUGCCGGUUCACGUCAUCACACGCCUAUUGGCCAGCUCAGAACUGGCCUCUAAGAAAAACCUGGAGCUCUCCUUACCUUAUUUCCAGCCCUCCUUCCCUGAUAACAUGACCACCAAUGUCUCUGCGUUCACCAGGCGUUUGUGCCGGCAGAGAGUGUGUCUGGAGCGGGUGUUUUGCUCAGAGCUGGGCAUCACUGGAACUGCAGAAGUGCUGAAUUUGUGCUUCCAGAAGGAGGUCAUAGUGCGCUACUCCUUCACCGACUGGAGGAGCAGUGCGGACUGUAGGGCCGGCUGGGUGUGCAGCGUGCGCAGGGGGGAUCUGGAGACCGACGUUUUCCGUUUUCUCCUGCCGGUGCCUCCGUUCAUCAUGCAGCCGGGCGCCGUGCUGCAGUUCGCCGUCUGCUUCCGGGUGCCAGGAUCUGAGUUCUGGGACAACAAUGACGGGUGUAAUUAUAAACUGACCUGCCAGACUUAUAAACUGACCGUCCCUAGAGAGUGUGAAGACAGCCUAGUGCAUUUCAUUUGAGCGUACACUAAAAGAUUUCACACACACACACACACACAUACAUAUGUUGGUUUUUGAGGACUCUCCAUAGGCGUAAUCAGGGUGCGAAUUAUUGGGGGGUUUGGGGGAGAUUCAUUCAUUUAUUUUAUUUUCCUUAAGGCUGAUUUAUACUUCUGCAUCAAGCGUAUGCGUAUGCUACGGCACGGCCUACGCGUGGACGCACAGCCCUCGCCGUGGCAGUCAGCAAUGCUGACGUGCACCUCUCCAAAAAUGUAGCUACGUGUCGCAACGAUGCGUAGAGCAAGCUCUGUGAUUGGUCGGCUUGGUAGCGCUGACGAGUGUGGGCGGGACCGAGAGCCGCGCGAGCCCGAUGGAGCGAUUGUUUACAAGUGUGGAGUGCCGUGAAGGAGCUCCAGAUGGAAAGUUUUGCUUUGUGUUUACCUCAUGAUUAAAGAUGUUGCACGUCUGCCGGUUCCUGCAUUAAAAUGAGCGAGUUUGAUCCACUUGUACAUUAAGGAAGCGUUCAGAAAAAACAAAACACCAGCGAAGAAACUCGACACACAGGAACAUAAACACUUCACUGCCAACUAGCAUUUCAGAAGUGUUAUUGCAGAACAACAGUAACAGCACACAGACGUAUAAAUGCACAGCUACACACAUUGAAUGCGCCGUGGGUCACGCCGAUCACUUGACGCAGAAGUCUAAACCAGGCUUUAGUCUCUAUUUCAGAGGUCGCCACAGUGGAAUGAACCGCCAACUAUUCUAAUCAGACUUGAUCAAAACAGUCUGCAGAAACACUUUGAUCGACAUUCUCCCUUUGUACGUGUCAUCAGAGGGGGAAAGCCCCGCCCACUAGUCCCAUCUCUCCAUCUCAUUAGCAUAAACAGCAGCCCUGAGUGAGAAGCAGCCGUCUGUCCAUUAGCCAUGAGAGUGUUUGAGCUGCUGAAGAUAAUGUCAGCAUAGACUAAGAGGAUUAUAGAUGUGGAUUAGAUUUUUCUGAAUCAAACUGUCACAUGUAAACCUAUUUAUACAUGGUUAACAUACUCUUCCAAAUAACUUACAAAUGUUUUUAAUAAAAUCUGCAUAUAAUUUCACUUUUUA